CGUCAUUGUCAAAUUAUUUUAUUCCUGAUGAUGGAGACGUCCAAUCCUAUUUGGAUCAAAUUCAAAUGUGGCCCAAUUUCGAUAAACCUGAUGCAUUUGGGCAGCAUUCAAAUGCCGAUAUAGCCUCCUUAAUUGGAGAAACGAGAAUGCUUUUUACAACACUGCUUUCUAUGCAAGUCCAAUCAUCAGGCUCAGAUGGUACAGAGAAUGCUGAAAAUAAGGUUUCUGAUUUGGCAAAGGAAUUAUUAAUAAACACACCUGAUGAAAUAAACUAUGAACAGACAGCUAAGAUAAUAGGAUUAAUUCGUACUCCCUUAGAAGUGGUAUUGCUGCAAGAAAUUGAACGGUAUAAUAAUUUACUAGAUGAUAUGCGCACUCAAUUACGAAAUUUACGACGUGGAAUACAGGGGUUAGUGGUAAUGAGUUCGGAUUUGGAAGAUAUAUAUACAGCAGUUUCCGAAGGCCGUGUUCCUUUUCAAUGGCUGAAAGCAUAUAAUUCCCUUAAACCUUUGGCUGCAUGGGCAAGAGAUUUGUCACUUCGGGUUGCACAUUUUAAUGCCUGGGCCAAAACAUUACGUUCCCCUUCCUUAUUUUGGUUAGCUGCAUAUACUUUUCCAACUGGAUUUCUCACAGCUGUGUUACAAACAUCAGCUCGUGCAACGAAGACUCCUAUUGAUGAAUUAUCGUGGGAGUUCUUCGUUUUCGUUGAAGAGGAUGCGAAUGCUGCUCGCAUUAUUCGGGAAGGUGGUGGAGCAUAUGUGCACAAUUUAUAUCUUGAGGGCGCAGGUUGGCUGCGCAAAAACCAAUGUCUUCAAGACGCACUACCUAUGGAACUCAUUUGUCCAUUACCAGUUAUUCAUUUCAAGCCAGUAGAAAAUCUUAAAAAGAGAUCUCGUGGUAUUUAUCAUUGUCCCGCCUAUUACUAUCCAAUUCGAUCAGGAUCAUUUAUAAUCGCUAUUGAUUUAAAGUCUGGAAAUGAAAAGCCGGAAUAUUGGAUUAAGCGUGGAUCAGCAAUACUUUUAAGCUUGGCAAAUUAA